AUGGCGACGAGUGCAUCGUCAUCAGCCACGUCGGCGGCGGUAGCAGCGGCCGUCAAGCAGGCCGAGGUGGCUACGGCGGCAGCAAAUCGAGGCAUGGUGAAGAAAAGUACAGAGGAUGUGGUGCAACCACAGCAGCAACAGCAGCAACAGCAGCGGCAGGGGCAGGGGCCAGAUGCCGCCACGACACUCGCCGAGGCCAAGCAAGCUCAGCCCACGGCCGCCCAGCUUCGUCAAGCAGCCUCAACCAAGCUUCUGUUUGAGCUCUCCUUGAUUUUUUACAAGCAACACCGCGAACAGCUGAACUAUGAUGCCAAGGUCAAGCUAGCUGCCCUGUUCAAGCAAGCCACUCACGGACCCUUUGAUCCGACCAAGUCAGAGGCCCCAGGGUUUUUCGAUUUUGUCGGACAUGAACGCCGGGCCGCUUGGCAAGCGCUGGGCCAACUGUCUCAGGAAGAGGCAGAGCAGGCUUUCACGGCGAUGUUGGAGGAAACACGGUCUGAUUUUGCCGAUUGGCUGGACAAGCGAUUGAUGCAAAAGUUUAAUCAGGAGCAAGAGGAACGUCAGCGCCGGCAUCGGGAAUUGGCCGAAGCAGAGCGGCGCCGCCAGGAAGCCCUUCGCCAGGAGGCCCUUCGACAGCAACAAAUGGAAGCAGAACGUCGAUCCCAGCAACGUGCCGAAGCCCAGGCGGCGAAGCGGGCGCAGCAACAAGAGUCCAUCUUGGCCGUGAGCAAGACGCCCCGGGCCACACUCACCUCCCCUGCUUAUAUCGAAGAGUUUAAAAAGUCCCUUCAAGACAAGCCCGAUUGCGAGGCAGAUGUUAGCAGUGGCGAAGUCUUAACCGUGCGUGUGCCCAAACCAGACCACGGCCGGAUGCAAGUCACCUGGCAGUUUCAUACUCUAGACUACGACAUCCAAUUCGGGGUGGAUUUCGAACAUAAGGCUGAGGAUGGUACGCUCGAAACAGAGACCGUGGCGGCUGUCUCUCGGCUCAACUCCCACCUGGAAGUUGUGACGGGUAGCCAUGUAGCUGAUCGUGAAGGCACUUGGCUUCUCAAGUUUGAUAACUCCUACAGCUACUUCCGUGGCAAGAAAGUCCUGUAUCGAGUUCUCUGUGCCACCAUCUGAGCAACUCCUCCUGAACGUUUAUUGUCAUGCAUCCUGCCUCGCGUAGCUUUGACUUUACAUGUUCGAAUCCAUCCCAUGCAGAUUC